AACAUGGCAGUAUUAGCCGGUAAAAACAGUGAAAAGGAUAAGAAGCAAAGAACGAAAGACUGAAAAAGCCACUCAUUAUUUAUGAAAUAAUAGAAGAUUUGAAAUUCCAUUGAAAUCUCACCUAUUUUGUGGCAUCAGUAAUUAUUUUAUCUCAUUUUGUAAUUUUUCGCAUCCUGUCAAAAACGUUUAUAUAAACAUAAAAAUGAACAAAGAAAACAUAUUACAUGUGGAAAUAUGUCAACAUGCUAACAGCACUUUGUCGAAAGAAACCAUUGAAAAUAUAGUACAAGCAAAGCUUAAGUCAAUGGAAGAGAUAUCUCUGGAUAUUGUUUUACGUGGUGAAGAUUUAGUUAAAAACACAAUAAAAGAUGAAAUGGAAAUAGAAAAUCACUCUAUAGAAGAUAACUUUAAGUCAGAUGAAAUUAUAAAACAUCAUGUUGAAUCUGUUGCAUGCUCUUCUGACCAUUUAGAGAAAGGAACAGUGAAAGUUGAAGGACUCAUCUUCAAGUAUUAUAUCUACAGACUGGUAUACGAAGAUGGUGCCACAGAAACAAUGCAUUCUGAUUCUGAUGAAUUGCCAGUUAUGUCUCACUGGAUGUUACCUGCAAAGGAAUUUCACUAUAUGUGGGAAAAUCUGUAUUAUGAUUGCAACAUAAAAAACAACUUAUUGCGUUUUGUGGAAACAACAAUGUUAUUUUCCGAUUUGACUGUUAACUCUAAUAUUAUAAGCUGGAAUAAAGUAGUGUUACUGCAUGGUCCUCCAGGUACAGGCAAAACCAGUAUGUGCAAAGCUCUAGCUCAAAAAGCUACCAUUCGUUUAGAAAAGCGCUUCCAGUAUGGAGAAUUCAUAGAGAUUAAUAGUCACAGUCUAUUUUCAAAAUGGUUUUCUGAGAGUGGGAAGCUUGUUAUGAAGCUAUUUGAUGAAAUAAAAACUAUGGUCCAAGAUGAAAAGACAUUGGUAUGCAUUUUGAUUGACGAGAUAGAAUCAUUAGCACACGCACGUAAAUUAUGCAGCAAUGGGACUGAACCAUCUGAUUCCAUACGCGUUGUAAAUGCGCUUCUUACGCAAUUGGAUCAAAUCAAGCGAUAUCCGAAUGUUUUAAUCCUCACAACGAGCAACAUGACACAAGCUAUAGAUCUGGCAUUUGUCGAUCGAGCAGACAUAAAACAGUAUCUUGGAUAUCCAUCCGAAAGCGCUAUUUAUAGCAUUUACCAUUCGUGUCUGAGGGAGUUAAUGAGGGUUGGAAUUUUGGAGGAUGAAAAAAUAUACGACAUAUCGGAUCUAAAACGUCAAAAACUAUUCGGAUACACGGAAGAUUCUGAGAACAGUGUAAAACUAUUGCAACUUAGUCGCGAGAGCGAAGGCUUGAGUGGACGUAUCUUAAGAAAGAUACCAUUUUUAGCGCACGCUCUUUAUUUAUCCGCAGAGAAGUUUACGAUGGUCGAAUUUCUAGAGGCUAUGCAUUCAGCUAUAUCGAAACAAAAUCAGCAAGAUGUCGAGCUUCGUGAAGAAAAAGUUUCUGAGGUCCAGUUUUGCACCGAUUCCGCCUCCUCGUCGCGCAAUCGCCAUUAAAAUCACUGAGAUGCGACCGCUAUUAAAGUCACGCUUCGUUCCGCACCGGCGAUGCGGACUAUACUUUGCGCGGUACGCUAGUUCUUCAUACAAUAUUUAUCACGACGUACUUUUAUUUCGAAUGGACUACAGUUACCAGUGCGGGUCUUAUCUACUGUACAGCGAAACACAACAGACAACGUGAUAAUAAAUAACUUAAAAAUUCA